CACAAACAUCGUGGGCCGUUACACGCAAGGCCCAACCCCGUCAACGACCGCCGAGAGCCACAGAUUGCGAUACUGACAUAGGCAACGUCGGAAACUUUGUGGCUAGAAAUCUUGUGAUUUUGACCAGGCGAUAAACGACCCUCGGAUUGCUCUUUGUUGAACGAUUCGCGGCGCAAAACGAGACGGUUAGUGUCGACGGCUGCGACGGCAUCCAUUGGGGAACAGUAGCACACGCAACACACACAGCACACACAAACGUCAUCAUGUCGGUUCUUUUGGAAACCAGCUCGGGCGACAUCGUCAUUGACCUCCUGGUCGACUACGCGCCCAAGCUGUGCGAAAAUUUCCUGAAGCUCUGCAAAGUCAAGUACUACAACUUUUCGCCCAUCCACUCUGUUCAGAAGAACUUCUCCUUCCAGACCGGCGACCCCCUGGGACCCUUGUCGAAGGAAUCCGAUGGCGGGACGUCGAUAUGGGGCCAUCUGUCGGGUGACAGCUCGAAAAAGAUGUUUCCGGCCUUCUUCCAUCCAAAGCUGAAGCAUCUCGAGCGAGGAACCGUGAGCAUGGCUACGGCGCCCUUGGAUUCCGACCCGGAUACCCGCGUAGCGGCCUCGCAGUUCAUUGUCACUCUGGGCGACGAGACGGAUUACUUGGAUGGAAAGGCUGCCGUCUUUGGCAAAGUCGUCGAGGGUUUCGACGUCCUCGAAAAGAUCAACGAGGCCAUUGUCGACGACAAGGGACACCCGCUCAUCGACAUCAGGAUCAAGCACACAAUCAUCCUCGACGACCCGUAUCCUGACCCACCCGAGCUUCGGGAGCCAAGUGCUUCGCCACCUCCUACCAAGUCACAACUCGACACAGUCCGAAUCGCGGACGAGGCCGCCCUGCACGAGGAUGAUGAUCUGGACGAGGAGGCUAUCGAGAAGCGGCGGAGGGACAGGGAGGCACGGGCGCAGGCUCUCACUCUGGAAAUGAUGGGCGACCUGCCGUUCGCCGAAGUCGCUCCCCCCGAGAACGUCCUCUUCGUCUGCAAGCUCAACCCCGUCACGACGGACGCGGACCUGGAGCUGAUUUUUGGCCGCUUCGGCAAGAUCCUCAGUUGCGAGGUGAUCCGCGACGCCAAGACGGGCGACAGUCUUCAGUACGCCUUUAUCGAGUAUGCCGACAAGGCGUCUUGUGAGGCAGCCUACUCCAAGAUGCAGGACGUUCUGAUUGAUGACCGCCGUAUCCACGUCGACUUCUCGCAAAGUGUGAGCAAGUUGAGUCAGGUCUGGAGAGACGAUACGAACCAGAAGCGUAGAAAGCACGCCUCCAGAGGCGGCUGGGGAGGUGUCGACGAGCUCGAAAAGAGACGACAAUACCGCGACGAGUACGAGCGAAACGGGGACAACUACGAUCUUGUGUAUGGAGAGGAGGAGAUGAAGGGUCGUCACCAACGUACCAAGGAUCGCCGCCCUGAGCCAGAGCGGCUACCAGAGCAGGACAGAGAUCGGCGGGACAAAGAUCGCCCUAGAGAAGAACGGGAACGUAGGCGAAGCCGAAGUCCAGGCCGUCCAAGAGCCAGGGACAGGGACAGGGACGAAAAAGGGGAUAGAGAUCGUUAUCGAUCGGACCCCCGGGGUUCCGGACGACGGUACGAUCACCAAGACCGACGACGGGACGAUGAUGACCCUGGUCGCAGAGACCGCAGAGACCGCAGAGAUUGGGACAGUCGGAACCGAGGCAGGGAUCGAGGCUCGGAGAGGGAGAGACGAAGAUAGCAGCAGCAUUAGCAUCGGCAACAUCAUCGGCGCAAACCAUGCAUCUCGUUAUUCGUCGCUUUUCGUCCACGGCAACAAAAGACAGUAUACCCAUCCGCCGGUGGUCAGCUCAGCUCACAGUCUGCGGCUCGCAGCUCGCAGCUCGCAGCAGCAGCAACAGCAACAGUAGCAGUGCGGUCGAUGCCAGAUGUAGACGUCGGGAAAUACACACACAGAUUGUCGCCAAAUGUCGCCACUGCCGUCGUCGUAAGGCUCGUGUUUCAUGGAUAAAAACAAAAUCUCGUCAACCUUUCAAGAGGUACGGAUAGCGGCAGCCUGCACGCAAACCAACCCUCGUUGCAUCCCUGGAUAGAGGAGGAAAUCGUCAAAAGUUGAAGCCGUGGCGCGCCUCACCGUGUCGCACAUGGCUAAUGAAUGGCCUACUCGAAGCAGAAGUCUGUCUCAUUAUUCCACCUUUGCAAACAUGCCACGGGGGGACCUUUUCCCUUUCUUUCUCCACUUGGGGGAGGCCAUGCAAGUAAGCGUCUUCCCGGAUCCCCGCGACACUUGGGAACGAUGCACCUCAUGCUGUCGCAGAGCGACGUUACACCAGCCCGCUGCCGUUUGAUGAGAAGCUGUCAUCUGUCAGUUGUCAUAUCUUCAAGGCGGUUCCUGUGUCCUUGGGGAUGCUUCUUGGCAGCAUCUCAACGGACCAUGGACCAUAGAUCAUGGAACAAGCCAUCUCUCACAAAGUCCGCAGCCGCCAGACCUCGUGCAGCCCGGCAUUGUGCAACAACGCCUUUGACUUGUCAGGUCGUCGUCAUCCAGCUUUGCCACAUGUACGGAGGGAAGGGCGAGGAGCCCAGACUGUCUUCGGAACAGAUCUCAAUUAGCGACAUUCGUGACUUAGAGUCGACAAAUGUCCGACAUUCAUCGCCAACAGCCCGUCCACGCUGCCGCCUGCAAUCUCAUCAAAGCGACGACGGUUGACCAGGUGGCCACCGAGGCAGGCCUCGUCCGCGAAAACCUCCGCCCCUCUCCACAGGCAUCCUGUAGCAUUCGUCAGCUGCAAAUUUCGCACGGGGUCACGAGAGUAGCAGCAUCUCAAGUCUCUCCGCAGAGCUGCAGCGAUUAUUUCCGGCCAGUAGGCAUCACGUCUCAAGUCUGUGUAACGGGCGUCUUUUCUCAGUCAGAGACAUUAUGAACGGAGCUCGCCCGCUGUGUUACUUUCUCCCUUCUCUCGGCGUCAAUGGCCGGGCGAUGAUGCUAGGUUCCAGGCGGAGGAGGCCGAUUGUCUGCCGACGCGGUCUCUGUUCGAGCCAAACCACGGCAUCCUCGUUGGCACAAUGCGUCCAGACCUAGCACCGAGACAAAUCGAAAGGCCCAAGCCCCUCUUCCAAGUCCCGGGGUUCCUGAACCUGACAUGACGUCCCCCAUGGCUCGACAUGGGUAGUGGGGGAGGGGAGGGGGGGCAAGCCGGAUCGGCUCGUCUAGUCUUCUCUUGCGCCUCCUUCGCCUCCUUUGGUGCAUGGCCUGGAGGCAGCCUCUCAACCGGAAAACCUCGAUCAAACCGCCCCGGGAUGCCCCGGCGUCGUCUCUUCCCCCGGUAUGGCUUGUCAGAUGACAUUGUCCCCUGGAAGCCCGAUCCAAUCGCUUACUGUUUUGUCCUUGUAGCCGGCUGCCGGCAUGGAAACACCGGUUCUGGCCAUGACUGGUAACCAAAAAGAUACAUGCAGCGCCCCGGCAAUGGCUGCAAAAAUUUUCCGUUGUCAACGGAGCCGUCGAGCCAUGUGCGUUCUGUCAGCCCUUUUCUUCCCGUCAAGAAGCAGGCAUGCACAAGAAAUGCCCGGAAAGGAGGCAAGAUGGCGGGAAUGGAUCUGCAUCACAGCAGGCUGAUCGCCCGUCGAGACGUCGUCGCCUUUGACCGGCCGGGUUUUGCUGCAUGGUAUCAGCGAUGGUGUUGUGCUACACCGCCAACAACUUGUCAGUCGACUCUCGAUACGAAUUGCCCUCUUUGAAUUUCAGCGAGACUCGCCCUUGUCUCAGGGUUGCAGAGCAUGGGACUUUUUUCUUUGAAUUCUUCGUUCAGGCCAAGCCGUAAGACCUGCUUUUUGUUCGGAUAGCCAGGGACGAGUCGAAGGCGUGUCAUCCGCCGCUCGCCACUGAUAGGGGGGAAGGUUGUUUAGCAAUAAGCUCAUACGGAACACAAGUGUGGGUUUCGAGAGCUUGCAGGUCUUCGACCUUGGGCCCCCUUCCGUGAGACUGACGGAGAAGCCUUGCGGCGCGGCGGCAACGUGUGCUCCACGGCCCCAGUCCGGCGUCUGUGACAAACCGACGAUGGAAAGGGGGAGAGGUGCUUCACAACGGAUCGAUGCGACCCGUAGGAGACGCGAUGUCAGUUACGGACGUUAGAACUGCGAUAGCUAACAAGGACCCUUCGGCUUCGAGCAUGUGCGACGACGUAUUCUCGGCGGACGAUACUUGUUUUUUCCUGGUCCCUGAGGGCUGAAGGAGGCCAUCCACCCCAAGGGCGACGCCACCGCUGGGAGAGAGUAACAUGCUUAAACUCAUGCAGGACAUCUACCCCUGAUUCGAAUGCACGAGUGUAUUGGACGAGGUAGCAUUGCAGCCUCCACUUUCAUCCACGUCUCUCUCUCUCUCUCUCUCUCUCUCUCUCUCUCUCUCUCUCUCUCUCUCUCUAUCUCUCGCUUCCCGUCGUCGCCACAUCACCAAGUGUCGAGAAAUCAGACCGCCCCAAUGCGGGACCAGCCGCGGAAGCAGGCCAGACGACGCGUUCCCAUUUUGGGUCUUGGAAGGGCAAGGGACCGCAGGGGUUUGACCUGACAACGUCAAUAGACAUGCAUUUCGCCCGUCCAUAAGAGGCUACAAUACAACGACGGCAACGCAUAAGCGGGAGAGGGCCACACACACACACACACACACACACACACACACACACACACACACAUACCUAUCUUACCACACAUAUCACACAGCAAAUACACACUACGCGCAUGCGCACACAGAUACACACAUACAAGUAUUCAAACAGAAGUGCACACGUACACACGCACGCAUGCCACAUCGCCCUGUGCCUCAGCCGCCCGUUUGCUAUUUCGGGGCGCCGCUGUCUCUGCCGCUGCCUUCGUCAUUUCUCGACCAGCGUGCCUCGUGUCGUAGCGUGCCCGGCUGUCACCUUGAACUACAAGGAAAGCUAUUUGCGGGUUCAUCGCGACUGUAAAGCU